UUUAUGGCCGAUUACGUCACGAGGACUGCGCGAUGUUGCAGAGUCACUGCGACUGUAAACAAGGCUGAGGAGAACAGAAUAGUCGCCAUUUAAGCUAACGUUUGGCCCCAACAUCCGUGCGCUCGAUCGCUGUCGGUGUUUUCGGUAUUUAAAUGAAUUCGCGGCUCGUGUCGCGGUACCGAGCGGAACCAGAACGCUUUAAAUAAUACAAUAUACAGUUCCGUGUUUUCUCCGCAACGGAGGCGAGGUCGCACAGAGCCAGCGUUAGCCCCUUAGCCUGCUAGCUUUAGCCCGUUAGCUAGCUAGCUUUAGCCGUCAGUUGGCUAAUCAACAUCCAAACGGGCCGGGUUCCCCAUCUCUCUCUUAACUGUGACCAGAAUAUCCCGAACCCUGGGUGGCUGGUCAGAGCGGCCUCCUCCCACCAUGGAGGCAGGAGGGAAGGACUGCGAGGAGGACACGCUGCAGACGGCGUUUAAGAAGCUGAGGGUCGACGCCGAGAGUUUACCCGGAGCUGUGAGUGUGUCGGAGGCGUUGGCGCCGAGAGCGACGUCGCGCGCUUCUCUCGAUGCCGGCGGAGCGAAACCCAAACUCUGCUGUCCGAAGGACAACUGGCACGGCUGCAUGAGGAAACCGUCCAGAGGAGCAACCAGGACGCAGCGGCGCCGGCGGUCCAAGUCCCCCAUCCUCCACCCUCCAAAGUUCACCUACUGCAGCACCGCGCCGCCCUCCGCCCUGUCCACCCCCGGCGCCGGCUUAAAGCACCAGCGCCUAGAUGAGCCGCCGGAGUCCUGCCCCCCCAGCGACGGGAGGACGGCCCCUGGCGCCGCCGUCACGGCCCAAAAGGAGCUCUCGCCCUCUGGCGCCGUCGGCCACCUCUCCCCUCUGGUUUUCGGGUCUUGCGGCGGCUACGAGAGGCGCGCUGCGGUACCGGAGACGGCGUUGUCCAGGCGGGACGGAGACGGAAGCCAGUCGAGCGAGGAAAGCGACCCGGAGAAGAGCGCCGGGGGAGGAGCCGAGUCCGCAGAAGGAGCACCAGCAGCAACUCGGGCCGCCGGCGCCGCGGACGCUGCUGACUUCCGAGCGUUGUCCGAGCGCCACGGCAGCGUCUCAGCAGAGGGCCGCUGCCCGUGUGCCUGGAAGAAGAGCUGUGGUCCUCAGGGCGAGGACGAGACGACAGGACGGGGGGCGGAGCUCGAGUGCCGCUGUGGGCCCCUCCGUCGGGGCUGGCGGGGGGUGGAGGUGUACUCCUUCACGGGGCUCCGUGACGUCAUAUCCGAGUGCGAGAGGAGCCUGCCGGGCGGCGAGGACGCACACAGAACUCUUGGCGCCGCCUCCUCCUCCUCGCCGCCUUCGGCAUCCUCGGCGCUGUCGUCCGGCUCCCCUCGCUCGUGUUCCGAGCAGGCGAGGGCCUUCGUCGACGACAUCACGAUAGAGGACCUUUCCGGCUACAUGGAGUAUUACCUCUACAUCCCCAAGAAGAUGUCACACAUGGCUGAGAUGAUGUACACUUAAGAGGAGGCAAUGUGGUUUAGUUCUGUGCUGCUGGGGGGGCGGGGGGGUAGAACGGUUCAGGCCGGAGAGUAAUUUAAGUAAACAACGUUCACACAGGUUAAAAACUGCAGUUUUUGUCCCCCCCCCAUUUAAAAUGUUCUGUUGCUCUCGAUGCACAAAAAGGAUGAUGAGUGCAAACUGCCUGUGAUCAGCUGUCUGGAUUCAUUUCACCCAAUAAAGCAGCAAAGUGCUUUGGA